UGUAGUUGUGUGUCUCUCGGUUCGUUUCCUGGUGGGCAUUUUCCGUGGGCCCGUGACGCCGCCAACAAGGAGCGGGGUUGCCGCAGCAGUCUGUUUCCUUGCGUUUCAACGGUGACUCGGUCUUACCUUAUCCUCUUCGUCGAAGCUUUGACUAUUGCCACUUAAUACUCUUCUCUCCCUUCCGUUAAAAGGUCGUACACGCACCACACUUACCCGCGUUACUUGAUAGUGGUAGGCAUUUAUUCGUGAACGGGUUUCUUGUGUGUAUUGAUCCCGCGUUUGCACUUGUGCAUGAGAGUGAACCUUUUGAAACGUUUAUUUCCUCGCCCCAUAGAAAAGUGUUAGUGAGUGUUGUGUGGGCGGGUCGUACGGCCGUCGGCUAGAAGAGCGGGCAGCUGUUCAGAGGUCGUGUCGGGUGGGAAAAACAGGAAAAAGGAGUGAAACAGAAAAGGAGAAACCAAGCGUGAAAGAAGCUGUAUCAUAGCGAGGGAAAUAAAGGCAGGAAGAAGAAAAGGAGCGCCGAGUGUCGGCCGUUCAAAAGUUGCUGGGCCACCGCGUCGUCGGUGGCAGUCGGCGACUGGACUUUCUUGUCUUUUGUGUGUCGUUCCGAGUCGUGGCGAAUUUGACUACGACUUGCAAAUACUGUCGUGUAAUAAGGACUGAACUAGUGGAAGACAUUUAAAAUUCCGAUUGAUCCGUCAAACAAGUUGUUGCGUCGAACCAGUUUGAAACCAAGUAGACCGCAACACAAUGUCUACCAAGGAAGAAAUGGCCGAGAUUGAUCAGAUGGAGGCGGGAUCUAAUCAGCCGUCAGUGGCCCCCGUCGGCUACAACAUCAACCGAGCCAAAGGAGCGUCUACAAUGGGAGUUCAAACCGUGGAGGUGUCGUCGGCCAGUCGUCCAGGCGCGGGCAGUUUGAUGUCACCAGCGCCAGCAUUGGGCGUCGCCACCGGGACCAAUGACGUGGAAAAGGGCGCCACUGUACAGAAGAGCGGCGAUCAGUGGGGCAAAAACAUGCAGAGAUGGCGCAACGAUAACAUUGACAUUGGCAAAGCAGACCCUGGUGGACCUGGCAUCUGUGCAUUCAUCUUGACACUUUUCUCGUUCCUGCUCAUUUUGGCAACUUUCCCGCUCUCGCUAUGUUUCUCCGUCAAGGUGGUACAAGAAUACGAACGAGCUGUUAUUUUCCGCUUGGGUCGUUUGCUCAAAGGCGGAGCUCGAGGUCCCGGUAUCUUCUUCAUCGUUCCCUGCAUCGAUACUUACCGCAAAAUUGAUCUUCGUACCGUCUCCUUCGAUGUCCCACCGCAAGAGGUCUUGUCGCGUGACUCGGUCACGGUGAGCGUAGACGCCGUAGUCUACUACCGCGUCAAAAACCCCAUCAUGGCCACCAACAACGUCGAGGACUACAGCCACUCGACCCGUUUGCUGGCGGCCACUACUCUGCGUAACGUGCUGGGUACCAAAAAUUUGGCUGAAGUUUUGUCGGAGCGCGAAACCAUCUCUCAUACUAUGCAGAGCUCAUUAGACGAAGCCACUGACCCUUGGGGUGUUAAGGUCGAACGUGUCGAAAUUAAGGACGUUCGCUUGCCAGUUCAACUGCAACGCGCCAUGGCUGCAGAGGCCGAGGCUGCGCGUGAAGCCCGCGCUAAAGUCAUUGCCGCAGAGGGAGAACAGAAAGCCUCUCAUGCUCUGAGAGAGGCCGCUGAAAUUAUCUCCGAGUCCCCUGGUGCUCUUCAAUUGCGCUACCUUCAGACGCUCAACACCAUCUCGGCCGAAAAGAAUUCGACCAUCAUAUUUCCGUUGCCGAUCGACAUCCUCAAACAUUUCAUAAAACCUGACAAAAAAGACAAAAAAUAGUUUAAUCGGACUUCGUACGUGAAUCGAUCGACAGAUUUUCAGCUGAAAAAUUAUAAUUAACCAUCGUUCACGUAUCAACCGUCCCGCCCAAUCAUUGUAAACUGAAUUUGAAACAAUAUGUAUCAUUAUGGUGCUUCUUACUAUGUACACAAUUCUACUGGUAAUGUUAUGGUCGGAGAGAAAUUUCUCUAUUCACAGUAGACUAUUUCUGAUUUCCAUAUGAGUAACAUAAGACGAGAAAAUUUCAUUAUUUCAUUUGAUAAUUGUUUGACCCGAAUACCCAGAAGAAUUGUGUCAGUAGACGCACCUUUAUCUCAAUUGCCAUAAGCAUCAAACACAUCCACACAGGACAGCACUCAUGAACAGAAAACACGUCAAGAGUAUCAACUGAAUUCUACAACUGAAAAAAAAAGAUACGACGAAGAAUUUAUAAUCAAAUAGUGGCCCACUUGUAUUAUUAUUCGAGUCAUUUUAUUCUCUAUCCCUUUACUCUUUCUAUAAGAACCAUCUAAUAAGAGUUCUUCAUUAUCUAGUGGAAUAUUUUGUUUCUGUUGAAUUUCUUGUUUGCUAAUAAUCUAUUAAGCUGGAACGUACCGCCGGCACACAAACUGCUGUUACGAUGGAAACAUUUUCGUCUUGGUUUUGGACUUAGCACGAUUUUAGUUGAUUUAAUAUCAUCGAUAUUGUCUGUCCCUAGCUCCAGAAGAAAUGUCAAUAUCCUUCUCUCUCCUUUCUCUAUCUCUCACUCUCUCUUUUCUUACGAUAUUCUUGUUCUAUUUUAGUGUCAAUCACAUUCAUUGCCCAUGUCUGUUUUUACUGAUUCUGCUAUCGACUUGGCAAGUUGGGGCAGAAAUGGCUAAUGUCACCGGACUUUGCGGCUGUUUGUUUUUCAUUUGGUCAUAUAAAUAUGCCCGUCACUUGUUGUUAUAUGCCAAUUAUCUUGGCAAAAAGACGUCUUGUGAUAAUCUCCUACCUACCUUUAAUUAUAACAUCUUUUUCGUUCAAAGAAAUAUCAAUAUAAAGAUCAAAGAAC